UUAACACUUCUUUUUGGUAUAUUAAAGGCACUGCAGACGGAAGAGUUUAGCGGAAUUUACAGAUUUAUUCAUGGUGACUUUAUUAUGUGUGUGUUUGUGCCAUUUUUUUCUUUUUGGUGAAGCAUGUCAAUAACUGAAGAUGAUCCCAAUGUUUAUUUUAUGGAAAUGAACGUUCCUGAAGUUCGUGCUUUGGAACAAAAGAUGCGAAUCGAAAUAGAGACAAGAAAGAAGGAACUUCGGUCAAUGGUUGGUGAGCAAUAUCUCGAGCUCAUGUCUGCAGCCGAUGCUAUUAUUACAAUGAGACAACAUACACAGACAAUUCAGACCAACAUCUGUCGUUUGCAGGCAGCUUGUAAUGUAGAUGAAAUAAAAAGCAAUAUUUCAACCAAAAAAACACGAGUUGACAACGAACGUCAGCACAUCUAUUUGAUAGCCUCGCUUAUAAAAUGUUUAGCUGAUGUACCAGAACAGAUAUGGCACGCGCUUGAAAAUCAUCGAUACCUUCACGCCAGUCGCUUAUUCGCCUUGGCAAAAGUGGUUCAUGAAUAUCUUGAAGAAGAAAAAAAGACAACAUCAGAUAUUGAGGCCAAGUUCCCAAUCAUACAGAGCCAAUGGGACGCUGUCAGUGCCUUUGAAUCACAAAUCUUUCAAAGAUCUCUUCAACACCUUCAAUCAUCAGAGCAGACGCCAGAGCAUUUAGCCGAGACUUUGAUAGGAUUAAUGCUUUUGAAUGAAUCUUCCUACAAGGAUAUCCUGGAACACCUCUUGAAAAUGCGAAUGAACGCCAUUCAUGAUUUACUCCAGCAUAGAUCCAAGAAAUCAGAUAACCUAAGCAAUCUUAUUGCGCGUCAAUUGAAGAAUAUCAUUGUCAUUUUCAAGCAAACACUUAUUCAAGUUGAUUCUUUAUUCCUUUCAAAGCAUGAGACAAAUAUGACCCUUAUAGAAACUUAUGUAUCAUAUCUUAAAAAGACCUUUUUAAUACCAUCAGCUAGUAGUCAUGGAAACGGCACGCCUUCACAACCGCCUGUCACGCGCUUACUUUCACCCAGUUCAAAUGUACAUCUCAUUGUACGCUAUCUACCAGAGACUAUACAGAACUAUCGACCUGAUUUUGACGCUGGUAACCCACUUGCAGCAUCAGAUAUUCAGCAAUUGACUACAGAAUGGAUCAAUAAUGUUGAAGUGUUGCUAAAAGAAUGUCUACCGGAAGUAUUAAUGACAUUAAGCACCGAGAAGGCUUUGACUGAUACACGAUUACGACUUUGGAUUUCGCUGCAAGAUGACGAAAAUGCAAAAAAUCAAGUUCAGGACUGGGAGAUAGUCUCCCAUGAUCUACUGCUAAAUGACUACUCUAUUUGGAAAUCAUCAUUAAGAGACAUCUUUAUCAAUCGGGCAAACGCUAUUAUCGACAAGCAGUUAAGCAUACUUUCUAAUCAACCAGAAUUGGAUGUUUGGCACACCAUCGUGCCCGAUAAUAGUAAAGAGAAAGCCGCAAAUACUAUCUCUGUUUCAAUAGGCAUAUGGCCAGGUGUUCAAAAUAAGCCCUCGCAGCUAUUUUCACUUCCAAGUAUUUCAUCGCAAAAAGAGCUGCAGGAAUUCAGAUUAUCGCUGACAGAAACAGUCAAUGAUAGAACUGAUGUUCUAAGAAAACUGCAGCAUCUUUUUGAUACACUACUUUCGGAUCUGCGAAAGGAUGUACUAACUCAAGUUGAGCUACGUGAAAACGAUGGAUUCUAUUGUCAAGAGGAUAGUGAUAGCCUUAAAUCAUACUUUCAAAACAAAUGUUAUGAAUCCGUGAUUAACUAUUCAUCUGGUCUAAAAGCACUUUUGAAACGUAUAGAACAAUGGUCAGAUAAGAAAGCAGCAAGUAAUAUAGCAAUAGUUAUUGGUAGGCUUGCUCGAAAUAUUGCCUUAUCUUCAAAGGAAUUACCAAAAGCAUUGGCACUUUCUGCUGAGACAUUACCUAUAUUUGUUUUACGGAAUGGUGUUAGUAAAGAUGAAAAGUAUGCUAAAGUGCAGGAUGAACUAUUGGAUACCUUUCACAUAGCUCAUGAACCUUGGUUAUCAUUGGUAGAAUCAAAGUUUACCAAAAGUCUAGAAGAAAUUUUGCAAGGAACAAAAUGGAAGGAUGAAUGCGUUUCAUUAUGGGAAAUUGUAGACGUAGAAGAAGAUACUAAACUUCCAACUCAGGCAACAGGAGCCAUAACACGGCUUAUGUUUUCUAUCUGUGAAGAUGUACAGCGCAUCAAUAGUUCUAUGCUUGAUCAGACGAUUAUGAAAAAAUUAAGACAAACAUUGUACAAGAAAGCAAGCGCAGUGUUUGAAGCUAUUUUAAGCAACAAAGAGUUUGAUAUAACAGAACAUGGCUCGUUACAAAUGAUAUUUGAUUUCCUUUUUAUAAAAUCAAUUUUACAGCAAGAUGAAGAUAAGAAUUCUUUAUCCAAAAGCGAUAAAACACUAGACAUGCUACAAGACAAGGUGGAUCCUAUCAAUUGGGAAAGCUAUAAGCCACACAUAGAAUCUUGCGUUGAUGGAUUCUGCAUCAAACAGUCUUUGUUAUUCGGCGUAUUGACCAAUGCCGGAAGUGCCACAUAUGAAAGAGCUCGCAAAAUUGUAACAGAAAAACAAAAAGUUCAAUCGAACAUUUUGAUAAUGCCUAAAGGAAAAGCUUUUAUAAAAAGUCUACUAAACUAAGCAAAAUAUAUAUAUCAUACACAUGCUUCGCGCGCAAUCCUAGUUUAAAUCAUAAUAUUCAUCUGUAUCUUUAUAAAAGCCGACGCCUUUCUACUUUUUAACGCGUUUAACAACAA